AUGGCGGCUAGGUCCAGAAACAAGAUGGCUUUGGUCCUUGGCGUUGGCUUCGGUUUUACAUGGAGCCUUUGGCCAUGCUUCCUCAGUGCCGGCCUAGGGCCAGCCUCUGGAGUCGGGAUUCUUGAGCACGGCGCUCCCAAGCUAGGUGCAGCCUCUGCCACCAACGUGCCCACCAUGCCCCUGCGGACAUCUGCCGCCACAUGGGUGGCGGCACUGGCGCUGGCCGGGGCAGCUUGCGCAGCGCCUCGGGAGCUCCACAGUGCCAUGCAGGCGAAGCAUGAUAAGAAAACCUUUCGGGGCAAGCUGCAUGCUCACACGUUUGGCAAGUAUCGCAUGCGGAAGAACAAGGCUCGCCGCAUUCAGGCAAUCAAGAAUGGCACUUUCAACCCAGACACAACAGUGCAGCAGGGUCAGCCAGAACCAGAGCAUUGCUGGGACUAUGACAACCUGCUGGAAAAUCCCAUCUACUAUGCGCCGGACUAUUUGAAGGAGGCUAUGUAUGACUACUGGGAUGACGUCAAUGGUGCAAUGCGAGAGAAAUGGAAGGAAUACAUGGGCAUUAAGGGUAACCAGCGAUAUUUCAAGAAUUGGACCCCGCCGGGUGUGGAAUCCGCGCAGCCAUAA